CGACUCGUUCGGUUCAAAAUCAGCAGCAGAGUCGCUAAAAGCGCAUAAUAAAAAAAAAGAUACUUUAAUGACAUGGCUGACUGUGUCGUUAGUGUGUGCUUGGUCGUGCUUGUGUAACUAAAAACCGCUAUUUUAGACUAAAAAGCAGUAUAAUUGAAUCUACACCUACAAAAAAGCAACCAAACAGAAAAUCAAACACUACUCAUCAAUAUUGUUUCUUUACAAACCAACAAUUAACGGGAAAAAAUACUCAAAAAGUCUUUAAAAUCUUUCACACCGAAACCAAGAAAUCGCGACAUUAAUCUUAGUGUUAUCGAGACAAAAAGCCUUAACAAAAAAAGAAAAUAUUCGUAAUGCAAUUGUGAUCUCCAAGUUUUAGUUUUUUUCAAUUUUUUGUUUGAGAACAAAGCGAAAAGCAAAAACAAGAAAGCAAAACAAAAAGUGUUUAAGGAAAAAAGUAUUGAAGGAAAGAACCGGGAGAAGUUAUAACAAAACAACUCAGCACGCAUUUACGACAUCUCUUAAAACGGGGGAACCAACACCGUGAAUUAUUCCGGAAAGAUCAUCAAGAAACAACCAUCGCCACAAACCACCAGCAGACCAGAGAAAGGAAUACGACAACCCAGAGCAUUGAUUGAUAACAGCAGCAACUAACGAGAAGAUUAACAUCAACAACAACAGCAGCAGUCAGAGAAAGAAACAAAUUAAGCCGGAGAACGGAGCGUGUGGCGUGUGCCAUCCAUUGGCCACUUCUGUCCGCCGGCGCAGCGAGAACAGCUAGACGUGGCAGAAGCUGGGCUCGUUGAACAUCAUUAGCAGUAACUGCCAUAAGGCAGACUUAGAACAUCUUAGCAACAACAUCAACAUCCUGCUGCAGAGGGAGCUCAGUGCGAACCAAAUCGGCAAGUGUAUGUGUUGAAACAUAUUUUUUUUAGAGACUAGAGAAACAGUUACAGUGAAAUUCAUAGAGGAUAACACCAAAAUUCUUCUCGCUUACAAAAUCACAACCAGACAAUUAGUGUGGUAACGACCGACGACUCACGAGUACGGAAGCCAAAAAAUCAUCGCAAAGCAACUAUUAUUGUGUCUGAUUUGUAUAACUAGCUAGGCUUAGGUGUAGCUAGGACAGGACAGUUCUUCGAUCGUUCCUCGUUUUUAAUCGAUUUUGCGUCUUGCGCACCGGAAGUACUAUUGUUUUCCCGCCAAUCGCCAUCAUCGCACCAUCACAGCAACAGUAACGAAAAAAAUAACAUCAUCAGCAAAACGGGAAGAAAGGGUAAGCCCAACAGAAACCGUUUAGAGGACAAUAGUGCGACGAAAGCAGAAGAAAAUUACUACUAAACUAUUACCAAGUACAAAAUAUCAGAAAACAAAAAAAUAACGGAAAACUAAGCAAAACAAGGGAAAAGCAACACAUUUCGUUAAGUUAGUUUAGUUAAAGUAAAGCAGAACACACGCAGUUGUGGAGUUUCUUAAUUGGUUUUAAUUGCGGCUGUUUUUCGGUUUCGGACGUCGAGACAUCGGAAAGUGAAGUGAGGAAGAGCAGAGACCAAAAGUGCAGAAAAAAAGGACGAAAACAGGAUUUUGCUGGGAGUUAUUUUGCAGUGGAAGAACGCGUUUUAUAGAAGAGACACAUAAAGAGAAGAAGGUGGACAGUAUAGAAAAUAUUUAACAAAUCUAAAAGUCUAAAGCGGAAAACAAAAGAGGAAAUUUAAAAUUCUGAAAUAAAAAAGAAUACAAAUAAAACCAUUCUGUGAUAAAAUUUAAAAAAAUAACAAGUAAACAAAAGUAAGCGUACGUUUAUUGAAGCAAAACUAAGUUUAAGCUAAGAAGUAAGUGAAAACCCCUCUGCCCUGCGAAGGGUGCCACACAAAAACACGAAAUAAACUGUAAACUAAACAAAAGAAAGUGAAACAAGAAGCAGAAGAGAUCACUUCCUACCGCAACGCAGGCGGGCAAAGCCUGUGCCGAAACGUCAAAAGACUUAGUGAAACAAACCUAACUACAGAACAAGCGAAAAAACAAGUGUAACCGGACAGUGAUUCCUUUUACAUAUAAACUACAUAUACAAAAGGGGGCAGAUAGACAUUAUUUGCCUAAAAUAGCAAUCUACGCGCUAGCUUUUAUUUAUCGAAUUUUCCUCUUGUUUUUUUUAUUAAUCAACUGCUAUUUAAGUUUGAGUUUAUGAGUUUCUCUCUUGGAGCGACUUCAACGAGUUGAAGAAACGUGGAACUGUUUUUAUUUUUCAAAAACCGUGUUGACCCGUGUGAAUAAUUCUCGAAGCGAGGAGACGGCGAAUAUAUGUAUGUUCUUCAAAGAAGAAUUCAAAGCAAAAAUCUGAUAUAUUAUUGAAAUUAUUAGUGAAAGCAAAGUAAAAAAAAGCAAAACCUAGCUUAGUGCGAACGGCGAAAGAAGAAAGCAAAGUGAAGAAGAGCAAUCCCGCAAGAACAGAAACAGUAAACGUCGGUGUGCUUUUUGUGGUUAUCAUCAUCUAUCAUUAUCAUUGUUAUACUAAACAAAAAAAUUGAGAGAAAAUAUCUCCUGCAAACGGUAAUCUACGUGAAGGACUUACAACGUUGUUCAACGCUCCAGCAAACGGACCCUGAAGUGCUCCAAAAAGUGUGUCCUUGCGAAGAAAGAGCAGAGCAAAAGCCCUCGUCGAAACGUGGCCCGAGUCCCCGAGAAGCGAUUGUCAGAGGAAUAAAAGAGAAAGAAUAUCCGAUAAGGCUGAUUUGUGAAUAUAGAAACCAAAUUCAAAUAUUAAUUAAUAAUUAGAAGCAAGAAGCAAGUAGAACUACAACCAUUUUUUCUUCGUCGUAAGUGAUUCAUUAAGGAGAAAGCUUCACACUUGGAAGAAACCUGCAACUAGUGGAAAUUUUAGUGUGAUUACCAUAGGCAAAAGAAGCGGUGAACAUUUUAGUGUGAUUACCCUAGCAAAACCGUAACACUAAGAAAAAACAAAUUUCGGAAGCAUUAAUGUUUGGUCUUUGAAAACGAACGCUUUUGGUGUGUACGAAAAGUCAAAAGAAUCAGUGGAUAAUUAGAUCAACAAAUAUAAAUUGACUCUCAUCUGUUGACCACCGCAGGUCACACUCUGAAACGCCGACACGAAGCAAGGAAGGAGCUCGAAGAAAAGUGGAAGUGAAUCUAGCCUGCUCGAGUGUCCGGAGAAGAGCAAAUCCAAAACAACCACCGCUGUCGAUUGGAAGUGAUCUAGUGCUAUAUCUCGGUUUGGAAUUUUUUUUGCGAGUAAAACCGAAGAAUUAAAAGUCGUAACCGUGGACUCGCAGUCGCGUUCCCGUCGAGGAGUAGCAACAGGUCCGAUUCCCGGCCCACUCAUGAACAUGGGAAGCCAAGCCAGACCGUUCCGUUCCGCUGAUGCCGGUCCGUUCAUGGACUACGUCGACUACGGCCAGCGGGACAUGUUGUUCGGUGGUCAGGGCAAUCCGCCCUCGUCUUCGCGCCCUCCGUUGACUCCGUCGAACUCGUUCCCACCGAUCGGAACAUUCACGCUGGAUUCGGCCUCCAUGGGGACUCCCCAGAGCCAAAGUUCCGUCUUUGGCGGAAGUGACACGAUGAGUGUUCUCGGGGGAUCGAGUACUACCGGAUCGAUCGGGGUGUUCAACGCCAACUCCAUGAUGAACAUGUCCGGGGGAAGUGGUGGUAGUGGUAGCAGUGUCGGUGGAUCCGGAGGCGGUUCAUCUGGCAAUGCUGCUUCUGGCAACUCUAGCAACUCGUACGGCUCGGGGUCACAAUCGAAUAGCAACGGGGUCGAUGCCAACCAAGGAACUCGCGAAACGGGAAUCAUCGAGAAGUUGUUGCAUUCGUAUGGCUUCAUCCAGUGCUGCGAGCGCCAAGCUAGGCUCUUUUUCCACUUUUCUCAGUUCGGUGGAACCAUCGAGCACCUCAAGAUUGGUGAUCCGGUCGAGUUUGAAAUGACGUACGAUCGCCGUACGGGCAAACCGAUCGCCAGUCAGGUGAGCAAGAUCGCUCCGGAGGUGGUGCUGUCGGAGGAACGGGUCACCGGAACGGUUACCACCGAACUGAAGACCGAAUCGUCGCAAGCUUCGUCGAGCGAUACCACGACCGGUCGGAUUAGCUACGAGAAUCGUGGCGAGUGCUUUUUCCUACCUUAUACCAAAGAUGAUGUCGAGGGUAACGUUUGUCUGAGAGCUGGCGAUAAAGUCAGCUUUCAGAUUGCCACCAAUCAGAGGGGCAACUUGGGAGCAUGCCAUAUUCGUUUAGAAAAUCCGGCCCAUCCGGUCAAGUAUCGUGGAGUGGUUUGCUCGAUGAAGGACACGUUCGGUUUCAUCGAACGGGCCGAUGUUGUGAAGGAAAUUUUCUUCCACUUUUCGGAAACCGACAACACCAUCGAGUUGCGUCCGGGAGAUGAUGUGGAGUUCAUCAUACAGACCAGAAAUCAGGGUAAAGAGGUUGCAUGCAACAUUGCCCGUCUCCCGCCGGGGUCGGUCAUUUUCGAGGACGUUGAUUCCACCAUCUACAAGGGCCAGGUGCUCAAAUCACUCGAUCGCAACAACCAGUUGCGCCAACAGAACAACGAUCCGCUACCCGGACGAAUUAGAUAUAGAGCUGCCGACCAUUCGGAAGUAGAAGUGCCAUUCGGGGACAAGGACCAGAAGGGUGACUUCACCCUGCGCCACGGGGACUGGGUGCAGUUCCUGCUGGCGACCGACCGUCGCGAUCAGUUGCAGCGGGCCACUUCCAUCUCGCUGUUGGACGAAACGUUCCAGGUUUCCGGCGAGAAGCGCGAGCAAGGCGUCGUGGCAUCGCUCAAGGAAGGGUUCGGUUUUCUGCGCUGCGUCGAACGUAACAUAAGACUGUUUUUCCACUUCACCGAGGUGUUGGACACGAGCCGCGAGAUUUGCGUUGACGAUGAGGUGGAAUUCACCGUAAUUCAGGACCCUGGCUCCAGCUUUGCCAACACCCGCCAGAGCGCCAUCCGCAUCAAACACCUGCCGACGGGAACGGUCAAGUUCGAAACGCUGAUCGAGAGCAACGUCGAGGGUAUGGUUUCACGCGAGGCUCCCAAGAGUCCGAUCAAGUCACAGGAACGGACCGAGGGUGGUGUCAUUUCCUACGGCCAAGGCCCCAUCAAAAAGACUAUAAUGUAUUUCUUGAAAGAUUGUGAUAAAGCACCGCGUGUGGGUGAUAAAGUUAGAUUCAAUAUCUGUCAAGUUAAACGUAACAAAGAGUUGAUCGCUACUAACAUCCAGGAAAUUACUAACCAACUUCAGCACCAAUCGUCACUCGGUGGUGGCGCCGGUGGGGAUCAGCAACAAGGUUCCCAGCAAUCGCAGCAAAUUCAGAUGGCAUCACUGCACAAUCUCCAGCAGCAACCGCACUCACCGAGCGCCGGAAUGAACAACGGCAACCGUAUGAACAGUUCUUCGGCCAUGAUGAAGGCCAGCUAUGCCAAUGGAAACAUUAAGCCGGGCAAGGUUCACCAUGGUUUCAUCGCUGUGCUGAAGGAAAACUUUGGCUUCAUCGAAACACUCGAGCACGACCAGGAAGUGUUCUUCCACUUCAGCAACUUCAUCGGCAACACCAACACCCUGGAGCUCGGUCACGAGGUAGAGUACUCGCUGUCUACGCGCAGUGCCGUCAACGCUGGCAACUGCAUUCCGGCCGAGAACGUGAAGGUCAUCCCGAAGGGUAGCAUUGCCCAGCCAAAGGUGCUGCCGGCCGUCUACAACGGUAUCGUUCUGCGUCCACUUCGGUGCAUCAAUCCGGAUCAACCGGAAUACUGCGGCUUGGUGCAGGUGCGCAACGAAGCCGGCGAAUCUUUGACCACGCAUGAAUUCGGCAUCACCAGUCUGAAGAACAAGCGGGAUCUCCUGCAGAAGGAUGACAUGGUGACCUUCAAGGUUGACGAACAGAAUCGUGCUGUUGAGGUUACAUCGAUCCGUACUAAGAAGCAAGCCAAGGUCGAUUCCGUUAAGGGCCUGUUCGGUUUUCUGGACUUUGAAGUUGAGGAAGGCAAGAAGCUGUUCUUCCACAUGUCCGAGGUUCAAGGCGGAGGUUGCCUGUAUCCGGGCGAUUCGGUAGAAUUUUCCAUCGUUACAAACCAGCGCAAUGGCAAAACAUCGGCUUGUAACAUGAUCAAGGUAGCGGACGCGAACGGAGUCCGUGCCGAGCGACUCCUAUCGCGCAUCAAGCUCAACUCGGUUGACGACAGUGGACCACGCUUGACAGUAACUCGUGCACCGAAAGGACCAGAUGGUACAAAAGGCUUCCAUAUUUCAGUCAGAGCUCCACGUUUAGUUGGAAUAAGCUUGGAAUGAACUCUUUACACUAUUAUUAAUGAAUAAUAACGCUAUAGUUUUUUGUUUUAUUUUUCUAAUGAUUUAUUAUUUAAAUUAUUUAAACAAAUCUUUUUAUUGCAACCUAUAUUAUUGUGAAACGUAAACGCUAAGUGAUUAUUAUUUAUAAACGAAAAAAAGGAAACAAACAAGAAAAAUGUAACAAGUAACAAAGUGAAAUGAAACAAUACGCCGCAUAUAUACACAAAAAUACACACACAAACAUAUAUACAAAGAACUAAAUGUGAGAAAAGCAUUAGGAAAGGAACAAUUACGAAAAAGAAAGAAGAAAUGGAAGCAAAAGCACUAUAAAUGUAACUAGCGCAUUAGUGGAGCCGCAAACUAUUGCCGAAACGAGAAGAAAAAGAAGUGUAAUAAUCAAAUCAAACACAAGAAAAAUCGCGUAUGUUUUACUAAGAAAACAGUUUAUACACACAACUAUGUAACAUUAGCCGGAUGUAACUCGUUAACUGAGCAGAAACUGAACAAAACAGUUGCAAACGGCGUUCUCUUUACUGUUAAAAACUAUUGUUUCUAAAAGAUGUACCCAUUAAACGGAUGUUUGCUCUGUGCCAGAGAAAAACGAGUUGGUUUUGAAAUCGUGAUUUUUCAUUUUUAACUAUUUUAUUGUUUUGCACGUGAAAUCGUUGGAGCGCCGAGAGAGUUUGUAACGUCCACUCGUGUGUUUGUGUGCGCGUAUCAUCGUUCUUGAUAGUUUUUCAUCAUUUUCAUUUUUAGCUGUAUCAGUUAGGACUCUGUGCAUCUGAUUGCCUCGCACGAGUGGUAUACUACGUUUCAGUACGAAUGCAAACCUAUUAAAACAAAUAACUAAAAAAAAGCAAACAAAACAUAAAGGUUUAGAAGAAAGAAAAAGUAAAUGGGGAGAAAAUUACGCAAAUCAGCUAGGGAAACACAGGCGAUUAGCGAUGAUACACAUUAUUAACCUAGGAAGUAAUAAGAUUAUUAAUGCAAGCAAGCAACCAUUAAGACAUGAAUCUAAUUCAUCGUUCUACGAAUCGCUAAAUGUAACACAAGCAAAAGAUAGAGAGACAAGAAAAAAGAAACACAAGUAAAGAAUACCAAAAGCUAUUUCUUUCGCGAGAAGAAGCAAAAAUAAUCGGAAAUCUUCAGACUGUUAUUGCCCACACUUUUUCAAUGUGUCCUGUCUUUUAGAAUUUACCCUCGAAUUACCCUAUUAUAUACAACAGCAACAACGCCAAGAAACGGUAUGAAGAAGCAGCAAAAGAAGAAGAAGAAUUGCUGAUGAUGUCUGCUUACCCUUCACCGAUAGCCUCUCCGAAUGGAAGAUGUGUAGUGGGAACACUAUGAAAAAAAAACAAUGGUUGAUUUGUGAUUCGUUUACUUCAGGAUGAAUUCGGAAUUUCGAAUUGAGUUGAAGUUCGGGAUGAAACUUUUCUCAUAUCAAUUAAACUAGACUGGUUAUAACUCCUGUGAUUUGGAACAGUAAAGGUUGUAGGGAGAAACAUUUCUUGGCACAAAGAAAUAUUUUGAUUUUUCCUGAAAAGUCUGUAUUCUUCUGGAAGGUCUCAAAAGUCUCUUUUUUACGUCUCGGAUAUCACUUUUUUCCUCAAACAGAAACUUCAGGGAUUUUUCAGAGUUGUUUACAUGAUUAAAUUCAAAGAUGCAUCCAAGGGAAACCUCCUACAAAUUCUUUUAAAGAUUCCUCCAUUGAUUGCAAAAGGGGUGUUUAGAGAGGGAUUACUUUAAAAAUCCUUCCAGCGAAUCUCCCAAGAUUUCCUUAAGAUAUUCUUCUAGUAGUUUUUCACUCAUAAAUUUUCAGAGGAAAUUUUAAAAAAAUCUCUGUAGUAAUUUCUGGUUGACUUCUUGAAGGUAUCCUGAGAGACAUUCCGUAAGAAGUUCGUGAGAGAUAUACUGGAUCAACUUAUGACGAAAUUUAUGGUUUAUUAUAUGUAGAAAACUUUUAAUAAAUACCAAAAUUAAAGACUUCUUCAGAAAAUGUUUAAAGAAAAUUAUGAAGAAUACCUGAUGCAAUUCAUAAAGAAAUUCUCAGAAAAAAACUUCUAAGAGAAAACAGGUCAGUUUCUCUCGGGUAUCUCUAUCAAAACCUCGGAGCAUUUUCUGUUCCCUGUUUGGUCUCUUGGUUCCUGUUCAGCCAAUUUUCUUCCUGGACAUAAAGUCUCUAAAGUUCCUAUUUUAAGACAGUUGGACGCUAUCAGCUCUGUUUAUAGCAGAAUGCCCUAUGGUUUAAUUCCUGAAGUAAAGGAUCACAUUCAGCUAAACCAAGCAAAACGCAAUUCAACCGGAUAUAAUGCAGUUACACAACAGAUAAACAACAAGUUAGUGCUUGAACACUCGUAAACGUACUAUUUAUAAGUGUGAUCAAAACUUGAAGCUAAUUUAGGGAUUGUAUCGGCUAAAACAAAAGAGUAAAUCGAUACACGGGAGAAAGGCUAUCGUUAUUGAGUAACAAACGUUCUGUUAAGCUCCCUGUUUUUUAUUAAUCAUCAACUUGAUCUAGUCUUCGUAACAAAAGCAAGUAAAACAUGAAGAAAAGAAGGAAGAAAGAAAGAAACAACAAACAAUUAAGAACUUAUCGACACGUAACUGGACUUUGAACAUCUAAUAAGACCCUUCACAGCCUACAACUGCUGCUAAGCAAAGCAACAAAACAUUCACGCCAAGUACACACAAAUAAAUCCAUUUCCCACUCAAAUUCCCUCAGAUUAUAUGUUAACUUCCAAGCUACAACGCAAUGCAUAGCAAAAUCACAUAACAUUACGAAAAGAAAAAACUACAUUGCAUUACAUGGAUAACAAAAUAUUGAAACAUAAAAAUGAAAAAUAACUUCAAGAGACUACGGGAUCAAAAUUGCAUGUGAAAGCCAUUGAGUGUUAACUUUUUCACACCGAUCAAAAUAAAAAAGAAACAAAAAAGAAGAACAAGAAAUGUGAAAGCAAACAAAGAAAAAGAAUCAUUUUAAACAUGUAACGAAACGCUUCUGAUUUUUGUCCCGUAUAUAUAUUCAGACAAAAGUAAAACAAACAACAAAAAAGCAAAUACACCACACACUACACAUACACACACAUACAACUACAAAUACUGGAACAGCAAGGAAACUACAAUAAAAAAUAACAAAAAAGAAAUAAAAAACAAGCAAAAAAAAAUGAAAACAAAAAGAAACAAAAAACCAACGAAAAAAAAACAAAAAUCAAUAAACAGUGUAAUUUAAACGAAAAUCUCUAAUGUAACCAAGUAAAAGUAAAAGAUAAAUGAAACAUUGUAAGGCUAAUUACGCAAAACUGA